GAUUUGUGUCUGUAAUUCUUCACCGCCUCCUUCGCAAUCACCGAUUGGUUACUUUAGGAGGGAAGACUGCUAGAAGGUUUGAUGCCCACUUUCUGCGCCCUCCCCGCACUUCGCCUUUCUCAUCUUCCCGCUUCUGCGCAACUCUGCUCGGCCUAACUACCUGUCCAAACCCCCGUGUGUGUCUGUGUAUUUUCCCCAAGAGAGCAAGCAGCAUGUCGGACUACGGCUCACCCGGGGCCGGAGCGGGCGCUGGAGGCAAAAAAGAUGCUUUCGCGGACGCCGUGCAGCGAGCCAGACAGAUUGCAGCUAAGAUCGGAGGAGAUGCCGGACCUCCAAGUAACAAUGGAGGAGCAGGAGGAGGAGAGGGCUUCCCGUUCCAAACACUGAAACGCUCUCUGGAGGAUGGAGACCAACCAGAUGCCAAGAAGAUGUCUUCCCAGGGGGACAGAGACUCAGCCACUGCUUUGUCUAUCGGAGCUCAGCUCGCUGCCCUGUCUCAGCAAAGUGUCAGACCCUCCACUAUGACAGAGGAGUACAGAGUGCCAGACGGCAUGGUCGGACUCAUCAUUGGUCGAGGGGGCGAGCAGAUCAACAAGAUCCAGCAGGACUCGGGCUGCAAGGUCCAGAUCGCUCCAGGUGAGCAACUAGACAGUGGUGGCAUGCCAGAGAGGAGCGUCUCCCUCACAGGAAACCCUGACGCCAUCGCGAAAGCCAAGAUGUUUCUGGAUGAGAUUGUAUCUCGGGGGCGCGGUGCUCCUUCCUCCUCUUUCCACGAGUCGACCAAUGGGCAGAGUGGCUCCAUGCAGGAGAUGAUGAUCCCAGCUGGCAAGGCCGGCCUAAUCAUCGGCAAGGGAGGAGAGACCAUCAAACAACUACAGGAGCGUGCUGGAGUGAAGAUGAUCCUCAUCCAAGAUGGUUCCCAGCCACCCAACAUGGACAAACCCCUGCGCAUCAUCGGAGACCCCUACAAAGUUCAGCAAGCGAAGGAGCUGGUGAAUGAGAUUCUGAGAGAGAGGGAUCACGCUGGCUUUGGAGACAGAAACAAUUUUGGCAACCAAAUGGGAGGAGGUGGUGGUGGAGGAGGAGGCAUGGAUGUGCCCGUGCCCCGCCACUCUGUGGGAGUUGUGAUUGGUCGAAGUGGAGAGAUGAUCAAGAAGAUCCAGGCAGACGCUGGAGUUAGGAUACAGUUCAAACCAGAUGAAGAUGAAGAUGAAGAUGACGGUGCAGGUCCUGAUAAGAUAGCCCACAUCAUGGGCCCUCCAGACCGCUGUGAGCAUGCUGCCUCCAUCAUCAACGAGCUGCUGCAGAGCAUCAGAGUCAGGGAGGACGGAGGACAGGGGGGUCCUCCAGGUCCACCUGGCACGGGGGGGAUGCCUCAGGGUGGCCAUGGCAGGGGGCGAGGCCAGGGCAACUGGGGCGGUCCUCCGGGAGGUGAGGUAACCUUCUCUAUCCCCGCCCACAAAUGCGGCCUGGUGAUUGGUCGGGGUGGCGAGAACGUCAAGGCCAUCAACCAGCAGACGGGGGCUUUCGUGGAGAUCUCGCGUCAGCCGCCGCCCAACGGGGACCCCAACUUCAAACUGUUCAUCAUCAGGGGGUCCCCUCAACAGAUAGAUCACGCCAAGCAGCUCAUAGAGGACAAGAUCGAGGCUCCUCUGUGUCCUCUAGGGGGAGGUCCUGGGGGACCUGGUCCAGCUGGUCCAAUGGGCCCCUACAACCCCAACCCUUACAACCCAGGGCCUGGUGGCCCCGGAGGACCCCCGCAUGGCGGCCCCCCAGGUGGUCAUGGUUAUGGGGCCCCUCAGGGCUGGGGAAACACCUUCCAGCAGUGGCAGGCCCCUGGAGGGCCACACGACCCCAACAAGGCAGCAGCAGACCCCAAUGCAGCGUGGGCAGCCUACUAUGCGCAGUACUACCAGCAGCAGCCAGGUGGCGCCAUGCCGGGCCAGGCCCCCAACGCCCCAGCAGCCGCACCAGUCCAGGCAGACCCCUCCCAGGCAGCCCAGACCCCUGGAGGUCAGCCAGACUACACCAAGGCCUGGGAGGAGUAUUACAAGAAGAUGGGCAUGGCCCAGCCCGGUGGAGGUGCUGCAGCAGCGCCGGCUGCAGCCGUGGCCGGGGGAGGAGCCGGCGGACAGCAGGACUACAGUGCAGCCUGGGCUGAGUACUACAGGCAGCAGGCGGCCUUCUACGGCCCUGGAGGGGCUCCGGGACAGGCUGCCACCCCACAGCAAGGACAACAGGCCCAGUGAACCAAAUCCAGCCAGUCUCCAGCCUGUCAGACGUGGACCGGGAGGACUGUCUCUACACUGCAGCCACAUCCCAUCCAGCUCUCUGGACUUUUUAAAUGUUUUCUUCUGGGUUUAAGUCAUUCAAAAAAUGUCUGGUUUUGAUGGAAGCAAAACCUUAAUUCCCUCCCUCAAAUACACUCCCAGUACCCCUUCUUCUCUUCCCCUAAAAAUUACCCUUUUCUUUUUUACAAAAACCGAAAAAUAACAAAUUCUACCUUUUUUUUUUUUUUUUUUUGCUGAUGAGAUGAUUGAACAACUUGGUAGGGUUGUUUUUCCUUUAUGUUCCCCUGUCCUCACCCUUCACCCCAACCCCUACUAUCUGCCUGUCCUCACCCUUCACCCCAACCCCUACUAUCUGCCUGUCCUCACCCUGCAUCCCAACUAGUGUCUGCCUGUCCUCACCCUGUACCCCAACUAGUGUCUGAGGAGGGGAAGAGAAGAAGAGGGGAAGAUGGUAAAGAGCUCCUACUCAUUGGCCUCGCUAAUACCCAUCUGUAAAAUACAUGGACUCGCACUUCUGUCAUUUGUUUGUUUUUCCUGAGGAAUAAACGUCUAGCAGUACUUUGGAGUAUAACUAUUACUAAUAUUCAGCAUCAGUUUGUAAAAACGAGUUGUUUUUUUGCAAGCAAAAGGAUAUUUUUUUGCUUUUUAGGCUUUUAUUUUCAUUUUUAAUUAACGUCUAGUUCAGUUAAAACAUUCCCUGUGUUGAUGAAGUAGCAGCAUUUUUCCCCUCCCCCCACCCACUUAUAAUUUUACUUAGUUCAUAUUUUUCAGUAACUAAAGGGUGGGCCUGGGUUUGUGUGUGUCUGUGCGACUGACUGUGUGUACAAGCCCCUGUUUCUAUGGAUGCUUGCUACAGUGUGUGCCUGCUUGUUAUGUUGGUUGUUUUGGCACAGUUUGUGUCCCCGAGGCCCCCGUCCCCUUGCUGACUUCAGAUCAGGUUGCUGCAUCAUCAGAUGGGAUGCCUUUUAUUUUUCCUCGUGUUCCAAGAAGUCGUGUUAUGUUUGUAUGCCGUUUUUUUUUUUUUUUUUACUUUUUACUGCUUGUUUUUAAACUUCACAAUAAUAAAUAAGUAUUGAGAUA